AUGUCGGGAGGUGGGGUGGCCCCUUAAUAUCAAAAACAGGCUUUAAUUAGCCAUCACCAUUUCCGGGUUAGCUGCCAUUUCUGCUCUCACUGAUCAGGUGAUUCCUACAACACCUUUUCCCCAUCGAAACCCACUUAUAUCUCUCAUUGAUUCACUCUUGAUCGUCCACUGAUCGACUGAAAACGAUGUCGUUCUCGUUCUUUAAGGCCCUACGGCCUAAAACCCCUCAAGAACUCGCUAAAACAAUCAAAGAUAGCCUCAUGGGUCUCGACACCAAGACUGUUGUUGAGGUUAAGUUGCUCGAAAAGGCAUUAGAAGAAGUCGAGAAGAAUUUUAGUGCAAUGAAAGUUAUGCUUUUAGGAGACGGGGAGGUUGAACCAAAUGUGGAUCAAAUUACACAAUUGGCAGUAGAAAUAUGUAAAGAGGAUGUUAUUCCUCUUUUCUUUCACAAAUUAUCUAUACUUGGCUGGGAGGCAAGAAAAGAUUUAGUCCAAUGUUGGUCCAUACUAUUGAAGCAAAAGGUCGGAUCAACUCAUUGUUGUGUACAAUAUCUGGAGAAUCAUUUUGACUUAUUAGAUUUCCUGGUUGCAGGUUACGAUAACAAGGAAAUCGCCUUAAAUUGCGGAAACAUGCUUAGGGAAUGCAUCAAGUUUCCGACUCUUGCAAAAUAUAUGUUGGAGUCUCCAAGCUUUGAACUUUUUUUCAAGUAUGUGGAGCUUGCUAACUUCGAUGUUGCUUCGGAUGCGUUUUCCACCUUUAAGGAUGUGCUUACCAAGCAUCCGACCGAAGUAUCCGAGUUCUUAACUUCUCAUUAUGAUGAGUUCUUUGAGCAGUAUGAAAAACUCUUAACCUCUAGUAACUAUGUGACAAGAAGACAGUCUUUGAAGCUUUUGUCAGAGUUCCUUUUGGAGCCUCCAAGCUCUCAUAUAAUGAAAAAAUAUAUUGCCGAAGUUCAACAUUUCAAAGUCAUGAUGACUUUGCUAACGGAUACGAGCAAAAACAUCCAGAUCUCUGCGUUUCACAUUUUUAAGAUUUUUGUGGCUAACCCAAAUAAGCCUCGAGAAAUAAAAGUUAUAUUAGCCAAGAACCAUGAGAGAUUGCUGGAAUUGCUAAACAAUCUAUCUGCUGGAAAAGGCGGUGAUGAUGAUCAGUUUGAAGAGGAAAAGGAACUUAUUAUCAAAGAAAUAGAAAGAGUAUCUCAACUCUCAAAUCUUGAUUCUUAGAUACAGAACCAGUGAUUAUCUUUGGUCAAAAUAAUAGCCACCGCCUGCGUUUGGAUUUUUAAUCUGAUUAUAUGUGCGUCAGUUAUUGAAUAUAAAUCAAGUGAUCUUUUGACUAGUGGAACAUUAUUUAUUUGACUUUCAGCCUGAUAAGAUUUACUGUUUUGGAGGAUUGAUUGAUUAUCACAAUUAACAUGUAUGUAACUAUGAUGCAGUACCUUUUUCAGCUUAUGUGUAUUUCUUGUAGCCAUAUCAUGUCAGGCUUUGACUUUUGUGGUCAACCAAUGCAUUUUUAUCAAGAUAUAACAUAUGAAGGUAUACACA